AUGUACAGGACAAACAAGUAUAAUAAGCCAUUGACAAUCAUUGUUGGCGUCAAUCAACACUUUGAGACUUGUGUGUUUGGGUGCGCAAUGAUAGUGGAUGAGACAGAGGACACCUAUUGUUUGUUCUUGAGGGUUUUCCUUGACUGCAUGGGCAACAAAAAGCCGAAAGUAGUGCUCAUUGACAAUGAUGAAAGAAUUGGAUUUGCUGUCAACCAACUUUUAAGUGAUUGUACCCAUCAACUUUGUGCAUGGCAUUUGGGAAACAAUGCAACGAAGAACAUUAAGAUUCCAGAGUUCAACCAAGGCUUCUAUGACUUAAUAUACACCUACUACACAGAGGAAGGAUUUGAAGAAAAAUGGGCUGAUUUGUAA